AUGCAUUCCCAAAUUCUCAAUUUUGUUCGAAUAUCUUCUUUUCCACUCGUACACCCCUCAGCAUUGUGCAGUCGGACGCUUUUGACGCAGAAACUCACACUUCACAGCUACUCGCGAUACAAUACGAUGCCUAAAAAGGACAAGACGAGCAAAAGCAACCCCAAACCACCGGAGACACCUCCCGGUCCUGUAACUAAAGUUAAAGACGGGACAAUUGCAAUAGCAAUACAUGCUAAACCCGGGGCCAAACACAACGCAAUCACCGAUGUGUCCGAGGAGGCGGUGGGUGUCGCCAUCGCCGCGCCUCCGACAGACGGAGAGGCCAACGCCGAGCUGCUGCGCUAUUUAUCCAAAGUCCUGGAGCUGAAGAAGAGUGAAGUAUCAUUAGAUAAGGGCUCCAAAUCCAGAGAAAAAGUUAUCAAGGUGACUGCAGAUGUCAGCCAAGAGGAAAUCCUGAAGAAACUGAGGACAGAGGCUAGUGGCUGAUACUGAAAUUAAUUGUUUGCUUUAAAGGGAUAGUUCACCCCAAAUUAAUGUUCUGCUAUUAUUUCCAAACCUGUAAGACAUUAUUUCUUCUGAGGAACAUUUUUAUUUUAAAGAAUUUACCAGUGUUUUUUCUUUUCUUUUUGUCCAUGCAAUCAAAGUCAAUGGGGUCCAAUGUUGUUUUGAACCCCAUUGACUUAUAUUGUAUGGGCAAAAACAGUUCUUCAGAAUAUAUUUUAUGUUCCACAGAAGAAAAAAAUGUCUUAAAGGUUUGGAAUGAAAUGAGGGAAAAAAAUGAUUACACAAAUUUCAUUUCUAGGUGAACUAAGUCUUCAAAUACUAACAUGCCCCCUUUCUAAUCAUUUAGAAAAGUUCUAGCACACCUCUGCUCUAUAAAGAUGCAUAAUUUGAGACAACUUUCAUGUCUCAUGUCCGACAAACAAUUUAAGACAAGCUACAUGCAAAAUUUUAGGGUUAGGGAUUUGUUUUGAGCCCUAAACCUUAGUAUAAGACAGGACAGCAACAACCAUAGACACUGUAAUUAAUAAUUACAAUAAUUCCCCCCACCCUCAGGUUGUUCCAAACCUAUAUGCGUUUCUUUCUUUCUUCUGCUGAACAGAAAAGAAGAUAUUUUGAAGACUAUGGAAGUCAUCAACUGUUUUCUUACUGACAUUCUUCAAAAUAUCUUUUGUUUUCAGCAGAAGAAAGAAAUCAAUACAGGUUUGGAACAACUAAAUGAUGACAGAAUUUUAAAUUUUUGGGUGAACUAUCCCUUUAAACCACAUGUUCCAGGAUAUCCUUAUUCCAAGAAAAAAAUUAAACCAUGCAAUUUUAUAUUUAGAUUAUUGUUCAAUAAAAUGUAAUGUUAUUUUUGUGCAUUUACUAUUAUUAAUUAUUUUGUGUAUAAUGUUGAAAGUAGUGCGAACAUGUUUGUAAGGAUGGGAAAUUAUCUUAUUUGUAUUAUAAUAUUUACAUAACAAUAAGGCUCAACAAUAAGAAUGUAUUACUAGUUUAAAUUUGACUUGCACUUCCAACAUCACCCAUGCAUACACAAAAAAAAAGAAAAGAAUACAUUUUAUUUUUAGCAACAUAUUUUGUGUCUCAAAGUAUGUCUUUCAUUUAAUAUUUAAAAGAGGUACAGUCCAUAAGAAUUUUUUGGAGAUUUUGCACACUGCAGUGCAUUUUUUUUAAGGCAUUAAAGUUCAGGACAAUUAUCCUGCUCCUGCCUUUUUUUUUUUUUAAAGACCACAGCUGCGCCUGAGGCCCUCCACCAGUGACAAAUGUGUUCAUUAAGGAGAACCUAAUGAGUAUAGUUAUCAGACUUUCACUAAAAGUCCAUUGAUGCAAAUUAAAGAUUCUUAGAGUCUCAAUUUCAGCAUUUUAUUCAGUUUAAAUCCUAUGUGGUAUCAUUUUGGACAUCAAGAUUGUAUUCCUAGUCUUUUUCGACAGCAUAAAUGACUGUUUAUAUCAUAAACAGACACAUUAGAGCAAAUUAAACUCUUUCUGCAUCUCAUAUCAGCUGUGUGUCAGCCAUGCAUGAAAAGCAAGCAAAAAAAAAUUAUGAUGUAAAUGUAAAAUUUGAAAUGGUUUUGAUUAAUUACUGAAGUUCAUUACAAAAUGAAGAUGCAGAUACUAUUUUUCUUUUACUAAGUGACAUUUGAGGCAUCCCUCUAUUAAGGGAGGGGAAGAGGAGCCAGGAGGACUGAAACAUGUUUACAUUAAAUCGCACAGCUGUAGCUCUGCAUCCUAAUACAUUCAUUAUUCUUGCAAUAUAACCUCUCCGUAAAUGGAAAUCUCUGGUUAUUUGCCUGUUCCCAGAGCUCAUUCUGUAAUAAACUGAUAUUGCAUAGGCCUUAUGAAAUGAAAACAAAUUAAUUUUCAUCUAAAAUGUAUUAUGACUUGUUCAAUUAAAGAUUUGUUGUCAGAAAUA